AUGUAUCGAAAAUAUCGAAAAGAUAUCGAUAAGUAUCGAAAAGAUAUCGAUAAGUAUCGAAAAGAUAUCGAUAAGUAUCGAAAAGAUAUCGAUAAGUAUCGAAAAGAUAUAGAUAAGUUUCAAAAAGAUAUCGAAAAGUAUCGAAAAGACAUCGAAAAGUAUCGAAAAGUUAUCGAAAAGUAUCGAAAAGUUAUCGAAAAGUAUCGAAAAGGUAUCGAAAAGUAUCGAAAAGAUAUCGAAAAGUAUCGAAAAGAUAUCGAAAAGUAUCGAAAAGAUAUCGAAAAGUAUCUAUAUAUAUCGAAAAUAUCGAUAUAUAAGUACCGAAAAGAUAUCGAAAAGUACCGAAAAGAUAUCGAAAAGUACCGAAAAGAUAUCGAAAAGUAUCGAAAAGAUAUCGAAAAGUAUCGAAAAUAUAUCGAAAAGUAUCGAAAAGAUAUCAAAAAGUAUCGAUAUAUCGAUAAUAUCGAAAAGAUAUCGAAAAGUAUCGAAAAGAUAUCGAAAAGUAUCGAAAAGAUAUCGAAAAGUAUCAUAAAGAUCGAAAAGUAUCGAAAAGAUAUCGAAAAGUAUCGAUAUAUCGAAAAGUAUCGAUAUAUCGAAAAGUAUCGAUAUAUCGAUAAGUAUCGAAAAGUACCGAAAAGAUAUCGAAAAGUACCGGAAAGAUAUCGAAAAGUACCGAAAAGAUAUCGAAAAGUACCGAAAAGAUAUCGAAAAGUAUCGAAAAGAUAUCGAAAAGUAUCGAAAAGAUAUCGAAAAUACCGAAAAGAUAUCGAAAAGUACCGAAAAGAUAUCGAAAAGUACCGAAAAGAUAUCGAAAAGUACCGAAAAGAUAUCAAAAAGUACCGAAAAGAUAUCGAAAAGUACCGAAAAGAUAUCGAAAAGUACCGAAAAGAUUUCGAAAAGUACCGAAAAGAUAUCGAAAAGUACCGAAAAGAUAUCGAAAAGUACCGAAAAUAUAUCGAAAAGUACCGAAAAGAUAUCGAAAAGUACCGAAAAGAUAUCGAAAAGUACCGAAAAGAUAUCGAAAAGUACCGAAAAGAUAUCGAAAAGUACCGAAAAGAUAUCGAAAAGUACCGAAAAGAUAUCGACAAGUACCGAAAAGAUAUCGAAAAGUACCGAAAAGAUAUCGAAAAGUAUCGAAAAGAUAUCGAAAAGUAUCGUUAA